GUCCGGUUAUCCGACACAUUGACUCAUCUCAUUAACUAUCCAUCCAUCUCAUCUCAAGAAUCAUCCAGCAUAGCAAAAUGCCAGCAGUCCAAAUAGUCGAAGUCGGCCCCCGCGACGGGCUGCAAAAUAUACAAGACACCGUCCCAACAGCCACAAAACUAGAAUUAAUCCACCGGCUGAAAGACACCGGAUUACGCACGAUCGAGCUGACAUCGGUCGUUUCGCCGCGGGCAAUUCCCCAACUGGCAGACUGUCGGGAUGUACUGAGCAGUGAGGGGAUACGCAAAUUACACGAUGAGGAUGGCAGAUUUCCUGUUUUGGUGCCGAAUUUGAAAGGGUUGGAUAUUGCUGUCCAGCAUGGGGUGAAGGAGGUUGCGGUGUUUGUGAGUGCGACGGAGGGGUUCAGCAGAGCGAAUAUCAACUGCAGUGUGGAUGAGGGGAUUCAGAGGGCCAGGAUGGUUGCAGAGAGGGCGAGAGAAGGCAAUGUUGCUGUGCGAGGAUAUGUAUCGUGUAUCUUUUCUGAUCCCUUUGAUGGGCCGACAUCGCCAUCAUCGGUGCUGCACUGCGUCAACGCCCUGCUGGAUAUGGGCUGCUACCAAGUCAGUCUGGGCGACACACUCGGGGUCGGCACUCCAGCAUCAGUCCACAGUCUCAUCGUUUAUCUUACUGAGAAUAACAUCCCCCUGGCCAAGCUAGCUGGCCACUUUCACGAUACAUACGGCCAGGCAGUGGCUAAUGUCUGGGAAGCAUAUCUCUGUGGCCUACGCGUGUUUGACAGCAGCGUUGGCGGACUAGGCGGAUGUCCAUUUGCACCAGGGGCAAAGGGGAAUGUGGGCAGUGAGGAUCUCGUAUACAUGUUCCAGAAUGCCGGAGUUGAAACUGGUGUUGAUCUGAGGAAGCUGGUCGAGACAGGCGUGUGGAUAUCAAAGAAGCUAUCCAAGUCGAACGCCAGUCGCGCUGGCGUCGCCAUCGCCGUCAAAGAAGGCCUCGUCUCUCUAUCCGAGAUAUCCAAGCCAAAGCCAUCUUUAUCAUGGACUCUCGUCAAAGACAGCGACGGCCUGCUCAUCCAUCGAUCCGGCGUCAAUCUCAAAAUCACCCUCAACCGACCCAAAAACGGCAACGCCCUGACAACAUCCAUGAUCGCAGACCUCACCUCCACCAUCUCCAACGCCUCCGCCAACCCCUCCAUCUCCCGCAUCAUCAUCACCGCAAAUGGUAAAUUCUUCUGCACCGGAAUGGACCUCGCCAAAGGUUCAACCCCCAUUGCCCAGUCCCCCUCCACCAGCACCGCCCAGUUCCACCGCCUCACCACCCUCUUCGAAACAAUCGACACCUCGCCCAAGGUGACCAUCGCCGCCAUCAACGGGCCUGCAUUCGGCGGCGGCGUCGGCCUCGCAUUCACCUGCGACAUCCGCCUCGCCACGAAAAAGGCCACCAUGACACUAAGCGAAGUCAAACUGGGGAUCUGCGCAGCGGCCAUCUCCAAAUACGUCAUCCGCGAAUGGGGGCUCGCCUUCACACGACAAGCCAUGCUCUCCGCCCGUCCUAUCCCAGCACCGGAGUUGAAGGCGUUGGGUGUGAUAUCCGAGCUCGCAGCCGAUCAGUCCCAGCUUCAGACCCAUCUAGAUGAUAUGCUUGUCCGGUUGAAGGUUUCCUCGCCCGACGCGUCGCGCAUGUCGAAGGAGUUGGUUAGGCUUGCGUGGGCUCAUGCGGGGGGCGAGAAACAGGCUGCUGGUAUUAAGGAGUUGUUUGAUAGUAUGAUGCAUCCUGAGAGAGAUGGGGGGUAUGGAGUAAAGGAGUUUCAGGCGGGGAGGAAGGUGGAUUGGGAUGUUUAUGCGGAGAGGAGGGGGGGUGUGAAGUUGUAGUUGAGUCUGAUUUCUGGUUCAGAGCGAUUAAUUUAUACCUAACUGUCAAAUCUGGUGGAUGCGUAGAUCUAGGAAGCUGAAUAUUCCAUAGCUAUCCUAUACAACUUCAUAAACACUCAAUUCAUUUAUCUCGCUCAUCAACCGGAUAGUUAUAUAUAUCCAGAGAACCUAUCAUAAUUCAGGUACUAAUACAACAUUAC